CCUCCCUCUCUGAAGCGGCGACGACAGGCAAAGACAGCAGGCGGCGGACGCACCGGAGGCUCGCCGGCGAUGGCUGAGGUUAGGGAUCCGACGCGGCGGCGCACGUACUGCGGUCCUCUCUCAAAUCCCCCUCAUUUUCUCUCGGUCCUGCAGCCAUCCAACGCGGCGGCGCGCCGUCGGCGGCGGCGGCGAUGCACACGCAACCUAUGGCUUCCGGUGAUGAGGCCAGCAUGUUUUGGGGCCCCCCGACCGAGGACGGCCAUGCAGAUGCAUACAUGGAUGCUGAGUACCUAGAUCUUGUGUCUGGGGAUGUUCCAAUGGAGAUUCAAGACAUUAAGCAUUGUGGAAUUGAGGUCGAUAGCAAGAUAAAAUGUUUCCAUGGGGAUGAUCCAAUUAAAAAGGUUGCAUUUGAGGGUGUGGACACAGGAAGAAGAUUCAUCGCUUGUAAGAAUGCAAAACCUUGUAAAUUUCGAAUUUGGUAUGAGCCAGAGUGGCCUGCAACUUUGCAACGAGCUCUACAACAGUUGUGGGGCAUGGUUCAGACAAACCAGAAGAAAAAGGAGGAGUCCGAGGCCCUUGUCAACCAGAUGAUGUUGGAGAAAAUGACAUUUGCAGCUGCAAAUGCUUCUGUCACUCAGGAGAAGAAUGAGGUUGUACAGAAGAAGAUGCAACUAGAAUUAGAUGUGGCUGAUAUGAAGGAGAAGUACCAGAGGAAGAUGAAAAGAAUGAAAAGAGAGCUUCAGUGCAAGGAGAAGUGGCUACUGAUGUCAGUUAGCUGCAAUGUGAAUCCUGAGGAGGCAGCCAGCUUCUGUUCCAUCUAG